AUGUUACUUCAUUCAACAAUUAGAAAUAUUUAUCAAACAAAUGGAAUGAUUCAACAAAUGUUAAGCACACUUUUGAGUGUGAUUUCAAAUAAAAGGGGAUUGUUAAUUUCAAGAAUUUUCCAAACAAAAAUCAAAAUACUUGAAUGGCUAAAUUCUUCUCAUCAAAUGACAUCAAAACAAAUAUGUGAAUGGUUAGUUCAAAAUAAAGAUGAAAUGUUAAAAGCAGAUAAUGAGUGUUUAUUAAAACAAUCUACUCAAUGGAUAACUGAUGAAUCAGGAAAAUUGUCAUUGAUUAAAGGUCCGAUAGAACAAAGAAGAAAAGAUAGAAUUAUUUUAAAUGAACAAUCAGAGGCUCAAAGAAUUGAGAGUAUUAGAAAGAUUCAACAAAAGAAUAGACAAGUUAGAGCAAGGGUAUCAGUAUUACUUAAAGAUGCUGCAGAACAACGAAAAGAACAUUUUAGAGCCCUUCAUGCACAAAGUCAAGGUGUUUGGGAAGCAUUUGCAGAGUGUUUGUUUUUAGAGAAUGGAAUAUGGCAUAAAAAAGAAGAAGGAAAAUGGACAUUGGAUAAUGUUGAAGGUCCAUGUAGAAUGAGAAAAAGAUUAAUUCAUGAUACUGACUUUUUCGAAAGAUAUAAAACAGAAGAACAUAACGGAUAUAUUGAUGUUCAACUUAAAGAAAGACAUCAAGAAAGAAGUUAUGAAUUACCAGAAUACCUAACUGUUAUGGAUGAUAUAGAAGUAGCAGAGACAUUUUCAAGAACUCCUGGUAGUCCAAUGCCAGAUUUCAAAGACCCAAUGAGAAAGAGAAGAGCUUCAACAGCAACAUAUGAAGAUGAUUUAUAUAAUAUGAUGAAAACAACAGUUGAAACUUCAAAUAGUAAUUUAAAUUUUGUAGAAAAAGGGGAUGAAAUAAAAUCAAAAUUCAAUUGUAACUUAGUUGUUGGAAUGAAUAAAUUACCAGGAAUAUUUGUUGUAUGUUUACAAUCAAUUUAUAUUGUACAAGGGUUGGAGCUUAGAAGAGAAGUCUUAGUUGCUAAAGGAAUUGUAAAAACUGAACGAAUACCAAGUGAGGAUAUUCAAAACAUUGCAUCCAGAAGAUUUAUGUUACGAAAUAUUGCAGUUGAAAUAUUUACAUCAACUGGUAGAAAUAAACUCAUUGUAUUUGAAGAAGGUUAUGAAGCAGUUAUAAAAGCACUUUCUCCAUUUAGACAAAAAGAAGUAGACAUGACAUCUGGAAUUCAUGAAGAAAAGAAACGUUUGGUUCCAUUAAAGAUAUUUAAUCAAGUUGAUCCAAUGACUCAAAAAUGGGUUGAUGGUAAAAUAUCAAAUUUCCAUUAUUUGAUGUAUUUAAAUACAAAAGCAGGAAGAACGUUUAAUGACGUUACUCAAUAUCCUGUAAUGCCAUGGGUUAUUUCUGAUUAUUCUAGUCAAGAACUUGAUCUAAAGAAUCCCCAUAUUUAUAGAGAUUUAUCUAAACCAAUUGGUGCACUAACACCAGAACGUGCAGAAAAUACUUUAGAACGAUAUGAAGCAGUUAAAGAUAAUCCAGAAAUGGCAUUUCAUUAUGGAAGUCAUUAUACUAGUGUGGGAGUAACAUUAUAUUAUCUUAUUAGAUGUGAGCCGUUUUCUCAUUUCGGAAUUGAAUUACAAGGAGGUAAAUUUGAUAGGGCAGAUAGAUUAUUUAAUAGUUUAGAAGACCUUUGGAAAUUAUUAACUGGACCAACAGUAAAACAAGUAAUGGAACUCAUACCAGAAUUCUUUUAUUUCCCUGAAUUUUUGAAAAACUUUGAUCAUUUUGAUUUAAAGAAAAGAAAUGAAGGAACUAUUCAAGUGGAUAAUGUUAUACUUCCUCCAUGGGCAAAAGGAUCAUAUAGAAAAUUUGUUAGAACAAAUAUGAUGGCAUUAGAAUCACCUAUUGUCAGUCAACACCUUAAUGAAUGGAUUGAUCUUAUUUUUGGAUUUAAACAAACUGGAGAACCAGCAAUUAAAGCACUAAAUCUAUUUCACCCAUCAUCAUAUGAAGGAGGUAUUGAUAUGAAAAAUGUUGAUGAUCCUAAGUUAAAAGCAGCUUAUGAAGAUAUGAUUAUUAAUUUUGGACAAACUCCAAUUCAACUUUUCAAACAACCCCAUCCAAAAAGAAAUACAUCAAAAACUCAAUUCACAUAUGGAAUCUUACUUUCUGAUAGUUGGAAUGUUUUAAUGAUUAAAAAUUAUUCUUAUCCAAUUAAAGCUAUUUCUAUUUCUGUUCAAAACUUUAAUGGAUUAGCAAGUGGAAUACCUAUUGAAAAAGGAAACAAAAUUUUAAAUUGGAAUGAAGAAGGAACACUUAGUAUUUACCAAAAUGGAAAAGUUCUCGGUGUUAUUGAAAAUAUUCAUCCACCUGGAAAAAUUAUUUGUAGUGUAUGUGAUAAUAUUGUUAUUACUGGAGGACAAACUGGAAUGAUUUGUGUUUUUGAUUGCAGCGUUUCAUUAAAACAAAUAGGAAGAAUUAGGGGACACAAAGUUGCUGUUACAGCACUUUGUAUUAGUAAAGAGUAUUCAAUAAUUGUAAGUGGAGAUGAAAUGGGAUGUAUUAAUAUUUGGGAUUUACAUUCAUUUAAAAUUAUUCGUUCAUUUGAUCAUCACACUUGUAUCACACUCAUUAAAAUACAAAAUGAAACAGGAGAAAUUGUUACCGUCAGUGAUACAGAUUUUAAACAUUGGACAAUAAAUGGUGAAUUAAUUCAACGAGCUGAACUAAACCAAAUUCCUACAGACGCAUACUUUGCUCGUAUUCCAGAAUGGAUUCCUUAUCAUGUAUUUAUUACUUCUCAUAAAGAUGGAUCUAUAAAAGUAUGGAGAUUAGAUGAAACGUUAUGUCUUGGUAAUAGUAAUUGUAAUACCCAUGAACACACACCAAAACUGUUAAAAACGUGUAGUGUUCAUAAUAGUGAAAUUACGUGCUUUACUAUAGCAGAUGAUUUUAGUGCAAUGUAUGUUGGGUAUGCAGAUGGUUUAAUUCAAAAAUUGGUUUAA